AUGCUUGAGAGGGGAGUCCCCUGGGGUAGCCCCUGCACCUGGGUCUUAUGGAUACGAUUACAUUCCUUUCGGCAAAUGUCUAGGACACAGAAGCAAAAAUUUCCUCAUGAACAGUGCCAUUGUCAUGCCAACCCUUCCUCCAACUCCAACCCUCCGUCACCCACUCGUCAGCCCACCCCUCCGUCAGCCCAGCCCACCCUACAUCAGUCCACUCGUCAGCCCUACCAUCCAUCAGCCCAACACUCUGUCAGUCCCAAUCAUCAGCCCUACGAUCCGUCAGCCCAACCAUCCAUCAGUCCUCCACUUGUCCUCCCUACAUCCAUCCCCAUCAUCCCACCCUCCGUCAGCCCACUCGUCAGCUCCGCCCUUUCCAUCAGCCCACCCCUCCGUCAGCCCUCCAUCAGCCCAUCUCCUCAACCCACUCGUCAGCCCUACUAUCCAUCGCCCAUCCAUCAGCCCACUCGUCAGCCCUACCAUCCAUCAGCCCCAUCAGUCCGCCCCCUCAGCCCACCCCGUCAGCCCACUCGUCAGCCCUACUACCAUCCAUCAGCCCAUCCAUCAGCCCACCCCUCCGUCAGCCCACUCGUCAGCCCGCCCCUUCUGUCAGCCCACCGUCAGCCCUCCGUCAGCCCACCAUCCUCGUCUCCGUCGUCAGCCCAGCUGUCCGUCAGCCCACCCCUCCUCAGCCCACUCAUCACCAGCCCUCAGCCACUCCCAUCAUCCCAUCCAUCAGCCCAGCCCUCCGUCAGCAGCCCACUCGUCAUCCCUACCAUCCAUCAGCCCAGCCCUCCGUCAGCCCACUCGUCAGCCCGCCCUUCCGUCAGCCUUCCCCAACGUGACGAAGGUGGCGGGGUCCUCGCGGCGGGAACUGGCUGUGAUUGGCUGAUUGCGUCAUCGAAUCAGGCCGUGAUUGGCUGA